AACAUAAAGAAAAUUUAGCAUUAGUUUAUGAUAAAGUCAAUGAAAAUAUAAUUUCACAGAAAAAUAAAAUUGUUAAAAAAAUUAAUGAGAAUACAAGAAACCCCUUCAAAAUUGGCCAAACAGUUUUUGAAAGAUGCUAUAAAUAUGCUCGCAAUAAGAGUGAACCUAAAUUUAGCGGACCAUUCAUUAUCACAAAACUUUUACCAGGUAAUAAAGCCCUUAUUCAAAAAGUAGAAGGUAAUAAAUCCAAACAAAACAUUGGUCGGACAGUUCAUUUGAAAAAUCUAAGACAACCUAUUGUUACAGGCUCAUCAUCGUCGCAGCAAUCUGCGGAAUCGUCAUCUUAGAAUGUACGGAAGUAAAGAUCAAUCAAAUUAUAGACAAUCCUGGCAUGUUACCAUUAAAAAAGGGAUUGUCUCAAAAUAUUGUGAACUAUUGGACUCUCAUUCAAAAUUUUGAUGUAUCGAACAUAACGUCGGAAUUCAACAAAUUAGUUUCUAGUUAUAGAAAAAUGAACACAUCAUUUCAUAGCUCAAAAAACGGCAAAAGUUAUUCGCAUGAAAUUUCCAAUCAUAAAUAUAUCUUAGAAUAUAAAAUUGAUGAAACCCAUAAAAAACUCAGCCAACUUAUAUCUACCCCUAUAAGAAGAGGAAAAAGAGGUUUGAUAAAUGGAUUAGGUGCUAUAUGGAAAUCUAUAACCGGGAAUCUAGACCAAAGUGAUGCUGAUAAAUACGAUAAAGCUAUUCAAAACUUAAGAGACUCGCAACAGAAAUUGAUUGAUGAGGCAAAUUCACAAAUAAGUCUAACAGAAAAAUCGAUAACUGCAUUCAACAAUUCAAUGAGCAAAUUGCAACAUAAUCAAGCUUUAUUAGAGAGUAAAAUUAACCAAAUAAACUUCUGGAUGAACACAUCAGCCAUGGAUUCUUGGGAUGAUUUCAAUUUCGUUAUUCUAAACUCAGUAUUCACACAUAUUACCCUAGCAGUAGAUAUUAUAAAUGAAAUUUUAAAUGAUAUAGAAAUAGCCAUUUCUUUUGCCCAAACAAAAACCCUUCAUUCAUCGAUCAUUUCACAUGAAGAAUUUAUGAAAGAACUUUUCAAAAUUCAAUCAAAAAUCAAAGAUAAUAAAUUACCAUUUCCAAUUAAAGAUGAGAAUAUAAUUCAGUAUUAUUCUUGUACUCGAAUUAAGGGAUUCAUUAGUAAAAAUCAAGUGAGAUUCAUUUUAGAAAUUCCCCUUACAGAAAAUAUUAAUUACAAUUAUUACGAAUUAUUUCCAAUACCAAUUUUGAAAAACAACCUAUAUCAAAUUAUAAUCCCCAAAGCAAAAUUCCUUUUCCUUUGUGAAACAAAAUACGCUCUAUUCAAUGGUCCAUGCCAAGAAGUUUCUCCAGCUAACUUUCUAUGUGAAGAAAAUACAAGACCAAUAUCAUCAACCAACCCAUGCGAAGUCGAAUUACUCAGCAUCACCAGAAACUACACAAGAUGCAGCCCGAAAAGGACAAACCUGAGGGGAACCAGCGUCCAUCAACUAGCAGUAGAUUACUGGAUGGUCACUACAACAGAAGAGAAGAUUGCCAGAGUGAAGUGCGGAGAUAGUGUAAUAUAUAAAACCGCUUGUGAUAUUUCGGCAAAUUUUAAACGUAAAAUCACAGCCCAAACCCGACCAUCUAGAGCAAAAAUGACAAGAAUUAGACCCUCCUCAUAAUCUUCUGGAGAUCCCGCGAAAAAUCCCAAACCUUCGAUUCUCCUCGCGGUUUUCGAGUAUACGGGGUGUUUCGGAUUAUUUUGACAUUUCAAGUCCCAUAUUUCUGUGGUAUCUGUGGAC